AUGUCGAUAGUCAGCAUUUUCUACUCCAACAUCACUCCCAACGCUGCAGAACGAAGUUUGUAUCCCGACUGCGCCGUGCCGUUGAUGUUUACGACUUGGCAUACGCUACAUGCGAGAACCAGAGGGUUCACAACAUUUGGCGACCACGCCAGGAUACGAAGCGGGCACGGCACAGGAAUUCUGGAAGCCCGCUUUAUCGCCAAUGGAAUUCUGUUAGGAUUGGAAGGCGAUGAGUUGAGAGAACAUGUAAAGAAGAGGCUCCGACAGUGCGAGGAGUUCGACGAGCGCAGUGCUAGACGGCAAGAGGGUGCGCUUGGCACAGAGGUUAACGAAACGCUCAAGAAGAUGGACGAGCGCAUCGCCGUCAGUACAUAUGAGGAAGCAAAGCGAGAUUUGCUUGCCUCGCUCGGAAGGGCGCAAGACGUAGAGGCGCAAGACGUAGAGGCGCAAGACAUAGAGGCUCAAGACGUAGAGGCGCAAUACGUAGAGGCGCAAGACGUAGAGGCGCAAGACGUACAGGCGCAAGACGUAGAGGCACAAGACGUAAAGGUGCAAGACGUAGAGGCGCAAGACGUAGAGGCGCAAGACGUAGAGGCGCAAGACGUAGAGGCGCAAGACGAAGCCAUGAAAUGUUUCUCAAUCAAGACACAGAUCAUCAAACUGCAUCGUACAGAUAGACCUCGGAGGGCAACAGCAAACUACUCCACAGAUAUUUAUGCCAGAAACGGCCAAGGACCGCGCGUUGUGGACAAUACCCACAGAAGGAAGGUGGAGCAGGAUCAUGAGUCAGUGAGUGAAGCGGAUCUGGAGGAACAACUCCGCUCACGGGACGAGCAGCUAGCAAAUGCGAGACAAGUGGUCUGUACCGAAACGGAGGAUGAGACAGGUGAUCAGAGGACGGAAGAGCAAUUGGAUGACGAAACGGUUGGUGAGGAGACAGAGGACGAGGCAGAUGAUGGUAGUGAUGAUGAUCUGGAUGCCUUUGAUUCCGGCAAACCCUCAGAUGAGGCAAAGAAGGCCAAUGUUGUGGAGGCCAUUUUCAUGCUGCAUACAGCCUGGCAGAGAGUCACGCCCCCGACUAUAGCAAAUUGUUUCCGACAUGCCAAGUUUCAUGACGAAUCGUCUGGCCAGACUGAGUCCUUGGCAAAUUUGAACGUGCCAAAUGACAACGAAGAUGGCCUGCUAGCCAUGACUGAAGCAUGGGAUAGCUUUGCUGACCAGACUGGUGGCAAAGAGUAUUACUCUCUGCCAGAAUAUCUUGACAUUGACAAGGGCAUUGCAACUGAGGGUCCUGAGGCUUUAGACAUUGCCCAGCAUAGCAACACUGCCGACAACAGUGAGAGUGAUAGUGAAGAUGACAGCGAAGUCCCAGCUGCGAAGCCACCGACUCGGUCAGAGGUGGCAGUCUCUCUUUAA